AAGGGCGAGGGAUUAAGGAUUAUUGAUACAAUAUGUAAAUUGUACCUGAAUACUAACUUUAUAAAAUAGCAGAAGAAGACGAAUAGCACUGGAAAAGCAACGAACUGGCACUGGGAUUUAUUCAACCGCAGUUUUGCAGAACUACACGUGAAACUGCUUAGGUGAUUCCUCUAGAAGUGAUAUGUCUCUAUACCACUAAAGUGCAGGAAACUUGUGAAUCAUGUCAUUAUUUCGUAAGCCUAAAAGGAUUCAAAGGCGCGUAUUUUGCGUUGAUGAUAAUGAUGAUGGUGAACCUGAGCCGCCACCACCGCCGGUCAUCAGUCACGCUAAGAAGGAGAACAAACCGGUCAAGAGCACUCCACUUCUAAGUUUUGCAGAUGAAGAGGAAGAUGGUGAAGUGUUUAUUGUGAAGAAGUCAUCACAAAGCAAGAGACUGGCCAAGCGUCGCGAUCGGGAGAAACGACGCGCCAAUGAUAGUGAUAAUAACAAAUUUGACAACCACAGCAACAACGAGGAAAAGGAUUCACCGAUCAGCGCCGAUAAACAAGAAAAAACAAAAAAGAAGAAAGCUAGUUUGGAAGGGCUAAUAUUGUCCGGGAGGGAAGCGCUGGCGGCCGACGGGUCGGGCGAUGUGUCGGGCAGCGAGGAGGAGGCGGAGGAGCCGGAGGAGGAUAACAGGGGGUUCCACCGGUACCGCGCCGAGACCGUGCGCGCGGCGCUGGCCGUGGCGCCCGGCCACAUCCCCGACGCGGCGCUCAUCCACGCGGCGCGCAAGACGAGACAGCAGGCGCGUGAGUGCGGCGGGGACGUGAUCCCCGUGGCGUCGGAGGCGGCGCCGGGCUCCCGGCUGCAGCGCGACGAUGGGUCGGGCGACGACGAGGAGGAGGGCCGCCUGCUCGUGCGCGGCCUCCAACUGCCCAGCGACAAGCCCAAGCGCGGGACGGCGGCGGCGUCGGCGUCUGCGGACUCUGAGCUGGACAGCGAGGGCGAGGAGUGGGCCGCGCAGCAGCUCAACAAGGCACGCGGCGCGCUCCCCGACGGACCGGAUGGCACGGAGGCGGGGCUGAACCCGUUCGCGGUGGCGCCGCCGCCGCCGCCGCGGCUGCAGGAAGCGCCGGCGCACCUGCGGCCGCUGGCCGCGCCCGCGCAGCCGCCGCCCGCCACGCCGCAGGCGCUGCUCGACGCGCUUACUGACAGAUUGCAAGAAUUAGAGACGGAUCGGUGUUCGACCCUGGCAAAGAAGGAAACGUGGUCGGCGCGGCUGGGAGCGGCGGCGGCGACGCGUUCGGCGUGCGGCGCGCGCACCGGCGCACUGGACGCGGCCUACCGCCGCGCGCAGGCCGCCCGGGGUUUCCUCACCGACCUCAUCGAGUGCCUCGAUGAAAAGCUGCCGCUGCUGGACGCGCUCGAGGCGCGCGCGCUGGCGCUGCACCGCCGGCGCUGCGAGUUCCUCACGGAGCGGCGCCGCGCCGACGUGCAGGACCAGGCGCUCGACACCCUCGCGCCCGGUCGCGCGGGUGCGCUGAAGCCGGCGGACUCAGAGGAGAAGAUCCGUCGCACGGCGGAGCGCGAGGGCCGGCGGCGCGCGCGGCGGCUGAAGCGCGAGGCGGCGGCGGCGGCGGCCGGCGCGCCCCCGCCGCGCGCGCACCGCGACGGCGACUCCAGCGACGACGACCUGCCGCCCAGCGAGGAACACUACUACCGCCAGGAGAAAGAGAGUAUCCGCGCGGCGGCGGCGGCGGUGUUCGCGGAUGCGCUGCCGGCGUGGCGCAGCGCGCGCGGCGUGUGCGCGCGGCUGGCACGAUGGCGGCGCCGCGACCCCACGACCUACGCCGACGCCUACGUGGCCGACUGCCUGCCCAAGCUGAUCGCUCCCUACGUCAGGCAUCAGCUUAUUCUUUGGAAUCCACUCGCAGAUGAAGACAAUGAAGACUAUGAAAGGAUGGAUUGGUAUAAAUGGUUAAUGAUGUACGGAGUUCGGGUCGAGAAGCUGUCGAGCGAGUCGGAACAGUCAAGCGACGAGGAGAGCGGCGGAGGCGGCGGCGGCGGCGGCGGCGGCGGCGCGGUGACCGUGAGCGAGGAGAGCGUGCGCGCCGACCCCGACCUGAUGCUCGUGCCCGCCGUCGUCUGCGGGGUCGUGCUGCCCAAGCUCGCAGAGGUCGUUGACGCCGCAUGGGACCCCGUGUGCGUGCGCGCGUGCGUGCGCCUGCGGCAGCUGCUGGUGCGCGCGUGCACGCUGCCCGGCGCCGCGCCCGCCGUGGCCCGCGUGGCGUCGGCGGCGCGCGCGCGCCUGCAGCGGGCACUCAACGCCGACGUCUUCCUGCCGCCGCUGCCCAUCAACCAGGCUCUAGACGGCGCUAGCGGCGCGUUCUGGCGGCGCUGCCUGGGCGCGGGCGUGCGACUGCUGCGCGCCGCGCUGGCGCUCACGUCGCCGCCGCCGCUGCUGCGCGCCGAUGACGUCGCGCUCUCCCUCAUAGAGACGCUGAGUACAGCAGCGGGCGCGUGCGCUGGUCCGGCGGCGGCGGCGGCGGCCGCGGCGCUGGCCGAGACGCUGCCGCGCGGCACGGGCGUGCUGCGCGCGCGCGCGCUGCGUCGGCUCGCGCGCCUCGCCACACUCGCCAUAGACCGCCUCGACCAAGCCAACCCGCUCCACAUGAAAGCUGUAGAACAAGCCAAAGCAGUGAUAGCAGAGGCCAAGACGUUAGUGUGACGGCGGUCGCGCUCGGCAACGCGCGGCGCCAGCGGCUUCGUCUCGGGCUCCACGUACUCCACGUAGCAGGCAUGCGGACCAAGUCGACAUGCUUUAACACGAACAAUCCAAUCCAAUCAGUUGUAGGUAUAAAUGAUAAUCAGAUGCAGAUGCCUAUCACUAUCAUCAUUUCACAUGGGCGGUUGGUAAAGUCAUUGUGCGUAUUUUUUUCAACCAGCCCUCAGUUAACCAUAAUAGCUUCUUACCAACCACCUCAGUUAUGUGGCAGACCUAUAAUUACGAAUAGUGACAAAUAAUCGUAUCAAUGUCUUCUUAACACAAACGUUAAACUGUGACGUUCGACUACAUAAUGUAUACCUACUGCUUGAGUAAUCUACGUAACGUAUAGUUAGUCAAAGGACUGUCUUAUUUCAAACAUAAGCAGAGUGAAUCAUACUAUCUUUUUAAUACAGUUGCUCAAAAAGUGCUACUUUACGUAGCUGUUUAGCGUGCGGAAAGUUGGUAUUCACGAAAAAGCACUAGUUUUUACUUUUCCAUUUUUUUAAAUUUAUACUUGUUCCAAUUCAUGACUACUUAUUGAUGAGUGUUAAUAUUAGUUUCCUUUAAACGUCGUAACAAACAUAAAAACCUACUGUUAAUGUAAGAAUACGAAAAAUAUACAUAUUUCAUAUUUUAUUACUUACCUCUUCAUCAUUAUAACACGUUUAUUUUUUAAUAUUGAAGAUUGAAAAACCGUUCUUAAUAAGUUGUCUGAAUGGAACGGAAUAGCUAUGGAAGGAAUAGCUGCCGAAACGCCUGUCAAAAAAGAGGCGUUUUUUUCUUACUGUAAGCUGUUUCCAAAGGCAACAUUCGAUAUUGUUUUUAUUCCUUACUUAUUGUUUUUCUUAUUUUUUUUCGCAACUGUAUUAAAAAACGUCGUUCGAUACACCUGCGGAAUUGUCAUUCUUCACUCGUCCCGAGUCUUGCCACUCGCCUACGGCUCGUGGCAAGAUAUCUCGGUGCUCGUGGGGUGAUAGCAUACUUUCCGCACUAGCAUCGAAAUGUAUUUUGUCUUACACUAGUACUAGCACAAAAGAAAACGGUGCGUAUAGUUUUUUUUUUGUCUUUAUUUACUGACAAUUUG